UGCUUCUGGCCCUGGUGGACAUUGAAGCCAUGCUGAGGGACAUGCUGACACCCAAUAGGGACUUCUCUUCAGACUGGGCGUUCCAGGAAACCCUGGAGGUGACCCCCAAGGGACCUGGGAAGGCCAGGGCGGUCACAAGAUAUGCAUCUGCAAGUCCUUUGCCACAGCAGAGCUCAGGGCCUUGCAUGUAACCACAAUUCCCACCGCACCCACAUCGAAGGUCACUUUCAUAAUCAGUAAUAGCCAAAGGCCACACAUUAAGGGCUGGGCAAGGGAGAAAAGCUGUUUUUAGCGGGAAGCUCUCAAAGGAGAUGGGAGUAUGAGGAGGAGGUAGGGGCUGGCAUCUAGGGAGUGCUGGAGGGGCCACCUGGAGAGCCCGCAUGUGACCUGCCCUGAGAGGAGGAAAACAGCCACAGCUCCAGGUCUCCGUCAGCCUUUCCAAGGCCCCUGUCUACCCAGCACUGCUCCCUGAGUCUCAUGGAAAUGCGCGUGAAGCAGCCUCAACCUUUCCACCUCCUUGGUUUGUAAAGCAGGUAGUCCAGAGUGGGGGACAGCCAGAGAGGCAGGACCCUCCAGCCCUGGCCCCUGUCCAGAAUGUGGCCCCUAGGGAGCCCUGGCUCGUGUCCAACAGCCCAGGGCCAGACUCCCCUGAGUUUGCAGCAUUUGGUCUCUAAUGGAUGGUACCACCAGCGCCAAGGACAGCAAAUGCUCUGUGCAGGGCCCAUCGCACAGCAGGGCCCAUCGCACAGCAGGCCCAAGAACCCAGACUGGAGCUGCUUCUGAAUCUGCUCUUUUUUGGAAACAACAGGCUUUCCUCGGGGCACAGCCCGUCACUCGCCUGGAAAACGGGUAGGCGUGGGCUUCAGGGUGGGGGUCAGGCUGUGUGUGGGAACCAGUGAGCUCCUCCAAGAGCAGCACUUAUUUUUAGUCUUCUCCCCAGUCCCAAAUAAACUGAGAGCAGCUGGGAGCCCUGGGUAAAUGCAGAGUGAAGCAGAGACAGGAAAUCGGGGCUCUCAGUAAUGAGUUCCAGCCACUCCAGAAGGGGGAAGCCAGACAAGGAAUUUUCUUCAGGACUGUUUCCCUCUGGCAGGCUCCGGUAUUAUCACUGAAAACGGUCCCGUGUGUGUGCGCUUGUGUGUUGUGUUUACAACUCCCGUCCAAGUCUUCUUUUUCCCCUACCUUUGUGUUACAUUUGAUUUCUCCUCAGGGCGCUGAAUCCCAGUCCUGGUGCGUGUGUGUGUGCGUGUGUGUGUGUGUGUUUGUUGAGGUGGUCGGGGAGGACACUGGAGCAGCACGCUCUGCUCUGAGUCGCUGUGUGUCUGAAACUGUCUAGGGAGAGGCUGAAGGACGCAGGCCAGGGAAGUGGGGAAAUUUGAACACAGCUUGGAGUUCUUGAGUGGGGGAGGGGGCAGAGGCAAGGAAGAGGAGAGAACUUGGUCUCCAGCCAGAAAAAGGGCUUUUUCCACCAAGGCAUCUAACUGCUGACAUGGGUGCCCAGCAUGGAUGGGGACAUUGAUGUUUACAAGCAUUUCUCGUGGCUGAAGAGGUCCCAGGUAAACCACCACAGUGCUGCUAGUAAUGAAACCUACCAGGAACGCUUGGCACGUCUAGAAGGGGAUAAGGAGUCCCUCAUAUUGCAGGUGAGUGUCCUCACAGACCAAGUAGAAGCCCAGGGAGAGAAGAUUCGAGACCUGGAAGUGUGUCUGGAAGGACACCAGGUGAAACUCAAUGCUGCUGAAGAGAUGCUUCAACAGGAGCUGCUAAGCCGCACAUCUCUUGAGACCCAGAAGCUUGAUCUGAUGACUGAAGUGUCUGAGCUGAAGCUCAAGCUGGUUGGCAUGGAGAAGGAGCAGAGAGAGCAGGAGGAGAAGCAGAGAAAAGCAGAGGAGUUACUGCAAGAGCUCAGGCACCUCAAAAUCAAAGUGGAAGAAUUGGAAAAUGAACGGAAUCAGUAUGAAUGGAAGCUAAAGGCCACAAAGGCUGAAGUCGCCCAGCUGCAAGAACAGGUGGCCCUGAAAGAUGCAGAAAUUGAGCGUCUGCACAGCCAGCUCUCCCGGACAGCAGCUCUCCACGGUGACCACACAGAGAGAGACCAAGAAAUUCAACGUCUGAAAAUGGGGAUGGAAACUUUGCUGCUUGCCAAUGAAGAUAAGGACCGUCGGAUAGAGGAGCUUACGGGGCUGUUAAACCAGUACCGGAAGGUAAAGGAGAUUGUGGUGGUCACUCAAGGGCCUUCAGAGAGAACUCUCUCAAUCAAUGAAGAAGAACUGGAGGGAGGUUUCAGAAAGUGGAACACUACAAAUAAGGGCCCUGAAGAAUUAUUUAAACAAGAGAUGCCUCCGAGAUGUAGCUCUCCUACAGUGGGGCCACCUCCACUGCCACAGAAAUCACUGGAAGCCAGGGCUCAGAAAAAGCUCUCUUGUAGUCUAGAAGACUUGAGAAGUGAAUCUAUGGAUAAGUGUAUGGAUGGGAACCAGCCCUUCCCGGUGGUAGAACCCAAGGACAGCCCUUUCUUGGCGGAGCACAAAUAUCCCACUUUACCUGGGAAGCUUUCAGGACCCACGCCCAAUGGAGAGGCUGCCAAAUCUCCUCCCACUGUCUGCCAGCCUGACGCCACGGGGAGCAGCCUGCUGAGGCUGAGAGACACAGAAAGUGGCUGGGAUGACACUGCUGUGGUCAAUGACCUCUCAUCCACAUCAUCGGGCACUGAAUCAGGUCCUCAGUCUCCUCUGACACCAGAUGGUAAACGGAAUCCCAAAGGCAUUAAGAAGUUCUGGGGAAAAAUCCGAAGAACUCAGUCAGGAAAUUUCAACACUGACACGCUGGGAAUGGCAGAGUUUCGACGAGGUGGGCUCCGGGCGACCGCAGGGCCAAGACUCUCUAGGACCAGGGACUCCAAGGGACAGAAAAGUGACGCCAAUGCCCCCUUUGCCCAGUGGAGCACAGAGCGUGUGUGUGCCUGGCUGGAGGACUUUGGCCUGGCUCAGUAUGUGAUCUUUGCCAGGCAGUGGGUAUCUUCUGGCCACACUUUACUGACAGCCACCCCUCAGGACAUGGAAAAGGAGCUAGGAAUUAAGCACCCUCUCCACAGGAAGAAGCUUGUUUUAGCAGUGAAAGCCAUCAACACCAAACAGGAGGAGAAGUCUGCACUGCUAGACCACAUUUGGGUGACACGGUGGCUUGAUGAUAUUGGCUUACCCCAGUACAAAGACCAGUUUCAUGAAUCUAGAGUUGACGGACGAAUGCUGCAAUACCUAACUGUGAAUGAUUUACUCUUCUUAAAAGUCACCAGCCAACUACAUCAUCUCAGCAUCAAAUGUGCCAUUCACGUGCUGCAUGUCAACAAGUUCAACCCCCACUGCCUGCACCGGCGGCCAGCUGAUGAGAGUAACCUUUCUCCUUCAGAAGUUGUACAGUGGUCCAACCACAGAGUGAUGGAGUGGUUGCGAUCUGUGGACCUGGCAGAGUAUGCACCCAAUCUUCGAGGGAGUGGAGUCCAUGGAGGCCUCAUUAUCCUGGAGCCGCGCUUCACUGGGGACACCCUGGCUAUGCUUCUCAAUAUCCCCCCACAAAAGACGCUCCUCAGGCGCCACCUGACCACCAAGUUCAAUGCCCUGAUUGGUCCAGAGGCUGAACAGGAAAAGCGAGAGAAGAUGGCCUCACCAGCUUACACACCACUGACCACCACAGCCAAAGUCCGGCCAAGGAAACUAGGAUUUUCACACUUUGGAAACAUAAGAAAAAAGAAGUUUGAUGAAUCGACGGACUACAUUUGCCCAAUGGAGCCUAGUGACGGUGUCAGUGACAGUCACAGGGUCUACAGUGGCUACCGGGACCUCAGCCCCCUUGAUGCCCCUGAACUGGAUGGGCUGGACCAGAUGGCACCUUCGGAAGGUACCGUGACGCAAAUAGGGCUCCUCUCCCAAGACAUUCACCGCCUUACGACAAUGCUGAGCCAGGACCAGCUGCUGAAUGACUCUCGCCUGCCUGCCCCUGACUCUGAUGACUGGAGAUGACUUUCUUCAUGGCUGAGAGCGUAGGGAGGCAUGUGUGGGGGCCCAGAGCCUUUGCUUCUGUGGGGAGCUGGCACACAGCCCUCUCUGCAAGCCCAGUCUGGGCUGGCAGGGUGUCUCAGACAGGGUGCCGACAGGCACGAAGCAGAGCUGUGGGACAGGUGUCCAAGGGUGGCCCCAGGGUCCGUGUGUGUCUUCAACCAUGCUGCGCUCUUCACCGCAGGCUUCAUACCUUUUGUACUUUUAUACAUGGUCUGCGGACCACUUUUGUGGGAGGGCAGUGAGAUAUCAGCACGCAGACUAGAUGGCUCAUGCUAUUCCUGGUGACAUCCUGGAGGCUCUCACACCCGAGGAGGAGAGCUGUUAGUUAAUAAAACCUGCUGGAAAAAAAGUUCC